GCUUCUCAAUCUAAGAUCCAAAAAAUGUCAAAUAUUUAUGCCCUUGAACCACAUACAAAUGCCAAGGUGAUUUUACACACAACCAAAGGUGACAUUGAAAUCGAGCUCUGGGGUAAAGAAGCACCAAAGGCAACUCGUAACUUUAUUCAACUUUGUAUGGAAGGUUACUAUGAUAAUACUAUCUUCCAUCGUAUCGUACCUGAUUUUAUUGUACAAGGAGGUGAUCCUACUGGCACUGGCCAUGGAGGUGAAUCUAUUUAUGAAGAUGAAUUUCCUGAUGAAUUCCAUUCUCGUUUACGGUUCAAUCGUCGAGGAUUAGUGGGGAUGGCAAAUACUGGAGAAAACGAUAAUGGUAGUCAGUUUUUUAUUACUUUGGAUCGUGCAGAUGAACUCACAAAGAAACAUACCUUGUUUGGAAGAGUUGCUGGGGAUACUCUAUUCAAUGUUAUGAAGAUGACUGAACUGGAGUUGGACAAUAAUAACCGACCACUUUAUCCACCCAAGAUCAAAACCACGGAAAUUGUCCUUAAUCCAUUUGACGAUAUUAUACCAAGAAUCUCAGAACGCGAAAAACAAAUAGCUUUACAACGGGAACGUGAAAAACUCGAUGCUGGGAAACCAAAGAAGGUCAAAAAGGAAAAAAAAAAACUUAAUUUGCUAUCGUUUGGUGAAGAAGCUGAAGAAUUAUCGCCUGAAACUCCACGAAAGACCAAGAUGAAAAGUAGUCAUGAUUUUAUGGAAACCUCUUCGACAGCAUCCUCUAAUGAUCAACAAAAAUCUUCCACGGCUUCACCACCAAUCAUCGAAUCGUACAAAGAUACAACCGUUACUGGUACUUCACCUAGUCUGAAAUCAACAUCUUCGCCAUCAUCGACACCAAAGGAUAUCAGUAAUAAGGACAACAAAACAUCAUCAAUUGAAAAAAAGCCCAAAGAAGUCAAGAGGUCGAAAUCAGUAGAAGAGAAACCGAUGACUGCAAAAGAGAAAAUCGAACAAUUGAAGAACGAUAUCAAGAACAUUAGCCGGCAUGAACAAAAUGAGGACAAUCGUCCAAAGACAAAGGGCAAGAAGGUAUCUCUUUUACAACUUGAACGGGAAAAGUAUCAAAAAGCUGGCAAGGUGAUAGUGGGUGGUUUGAAAGGAAGGAAAUUGAAGAAUGACAAUGGUGAUGAUACGUUUGCAAGAUUGAUGGCAUUCCAAAAUAAACUCUCCUCGGCUCAAGAAACAGCUCCUCUAGCUAAGAAGGAAUUGGCACCCUGCAAGUUACAUGGUAUCCCUAAUUGUGAAUCAUGCAACGAUCUAACGAUGGAGGACACAAUUGAAGAUGAUGAUCCUAACAACUGGUUGGCUCACAAAUUGGUAUUCGACAAGGAUCUCAAGGGCAAGGAUUUACUUCAACGGAAGGAAACAGUAGAUGAUUAUGUGGUGAUUGACCCUCGUGAUAGAGAUGCUCACACAAAACAGAAACCUUACGAAGGUAGUAGGCAUAAAUAUGAUGAACAAGCUAGACAAGAUCGAGAACGUGACAAUGGAAAAGAUCGUUAUUCAAGGGGCAGGGAUGAUAAGAAACGAUCUGCAGAUUAUCAUCAGGAUGAUAGGAAACGAUCAAGAGGAAGGGAUGAUUAUUAUCGCAGCAGCAGCAGUAGUAGUAGCAAAAGAUAUUGAAUUGUAGUAUAGAUUUUUUUUUUGGGUCAUUGUUUGAAAUAAACUUCUUUCUAAUGUUUUUUUUUUA